GUGUGUAAUAUCUGAAGCCAGGAAUCAUUUGCAAAAGCAGAAAUACAAGUCUUUUCUUACAGACAGGCUGCUACAGUUAAAUGUCUGGUUUUACACUGAGAGCAUCUGGCAAAGAAGAGGUAUGAGCCCAGUGCUGCAAAGUCCCAACCCUGGUGUUGACCAUUACUCCAGUCUGUCAUGGGGAGCAGGAAAUCCUCCUCCAGCUCCAGUGGGUUCCCCGCCUAUCUGGAAAAAGGUGUUAUAUGAGCAUCAGCCGUUUCCUGAUAAUUAUGUGGAUAACCGCUUCCUGGAGGAACUGAGGAAGAACAUUUAUGUACGUCGGUAUCACUAUUGGGCAGUGGUGUUUGAAGCUGGAGUAGUAAUCCAACAGCUCUGCAGUGUUUGUGUGUUCUCUUUUAUUUGGUGGUACAUGGACCAGGAUUUGCUGUCUCCUCAGAAGCUGUGUGGGGUUGGCUUGGCUUUCACACUCCUUGGCUACAUAUUAUUUGAUGCUGUAGACCAAGGAGAAGGAAGAAGAGACAGUGGAAGAACUCACUGGGCUGAUCUGAAGAGCGCACUAGUAUUUGUAGCGUUUACUUAUGGUUUUUCCCCAGUGCUUAAGACACUGACUGAAUCUAUUAGCACUGACACAAUUUAUGCCAUGUCAGUCCUUAUGCUUCUUGGACACCUGGUCUUCUUCGACUUUGGAGCCAAUGCCGCUGUAGUUUCUAGUACUCUUUCCAUAAACAUGGCCAUUUUUGCUUCAGUUUGCCUUGCUUCACGACUUCCGCGGUCCCUUCAUGCUUUUGCUAUGGUCACCUUUGCCAUUCAGAUUUUUGCUCUGUGGCCGAGCUUGCAAAGAAAGCUGAGGGCUAACACUCCUCGAACAUACAUAGGCGUAACCUUUCUCUUUGCCAUUUUUGCCUUGGCCGGAUUAUUGAGCAUUUCGGGUGUGGGGGCUUUGCUGUUUUUUCUCCUCCUCCUCUCCGUGGCAUUUUUGUGUCCGUACUGCUUAAUUCGGCUGCAGCUUUUUAAAGAUAAUAUUCAUGGACCGUGGGAUGAAGCAGAAAUUAAAGAAGACCUUUCUCGCUUCCUUAAUUAGAUAUGUGCAAGUAAAUAUGAUGUAUUGCUGACAGCUUUGUAAGGAAGAAUACAGGGACAAUUUUCUUUUUUAACCAUUGGGGGUUAUUUUACUACAGUUUUUGAUUUUAUUUCUAUGGAGUUGGUCAGUUAUUCUUAGUAAGAGUUUAGAUAAGAAACGGCAAGCACUCCGAACUCCACUCUUAUGGUAAAAAAAACGUUUCGUAUACAAGGAUACAUAGUCAUGACUACGUAUGCUUGUAUACGAAACGUUGGGUUCGGGCGAUGCACCCGGGCCACUCGACAAUUUGGGUGAGUGCUUUUCUGCCAAAAGGUGUUCCAUACCUAAGCGGAGGACCUGGGUUUUAUACACCCAGGUCAUAGUAUUUACAGGGUGAGCGGUUUUGUGUUUUGAGACCCAUAAAUUGCAAUUAAAUAUAAUUAAUUCAAGCAGCACCCGUUUAAGUAAAACAAGGAAACAGGACAGAACAGCUUAUAUUUAUGGCUCAUAUUGCAAGAGUUUAGAUAUCCUCCCCUGAGACUACAUAGCCAUUUAUUGGCCUGAUCAAUUACUUUUUAAUCUAUUUAUUUACGUCCAUAUUCCACAUGAGUGUGACAUAACAUUUGUGGGUUUAUAAUAUAUUCUGAAGACCUGAUUUCUGGUGUAGGGAGUUUGCCUUGCUGCUAGUCUGUUUUUAUAAUUUUAAAUUAAUUUAACCCCAGUAUGGCAAACAGGUCCAUUUUCACCCGCUGAAAGACCCAGCUCAACUCUGACCUAUUUUCCUCUUUUGUACCUUGGCUGUGGCAAAUGAUUGUACAAUUCUUCUUUUAAUAAUAAAUAGUUUUUUGUUUCUGAAU